UGCAAGUUUCUCAUUUUAAUGAAGUUAAAUCUCUCCAGUCUAAAAUGAAAGAGGUUCUGCACACUCAAAAUCAUGAAUGCCUCAUUGUUUAUGCUACUGUACCCAGGCUGUCUCUGUUCGACAGCUUUGUAUUCUGCAGCUCUGCCAAGCCAGCCAGCACAUUUCCCCUCUUUGUGUGUUCGCACUGCCCUGUGCACUGGCUGCAGCCGGCUGCCUGUCUUUUUAAACAGAGCCAGCUGCCAAUGCAGAUGUUCCAGUGAGUACGUGCAACACGUGCUCCGGGCGGAGCAGCAACUUCCUAAAAACGGGAAGGGUCAGAGCUCUGCUCCUACAGCAGCCACAAAGCUGGGAAACCUCCAACCCCACUGAAACCUGCAAGGAAUGGGGUGUCACCCACCGUUUGGGGAUCCCAGUGUCCAUCCCCAUCAAACCCCUCAUUUGCCAGAAUAAAUUAAAAACGUGCGGCCUUUGUUUCUCUUCAUUGAUCUGGUUCAUUGCCUCGACAUGGUCGAGAAUUCACAUUUCACUUUAACUCACAGCGUUUCUGCCUGACUUGCUUGGAAGUGCGUUUUCUCGUUCUGUCUUUCGAGCAGAGCUCUGGAUACAAAGCUUUCCUGUGAACAUCCAAGACACAUGAGGAAGUUUGUUCCUCUAUUUACGACACAGCGGGACACAGUUUGAUAGAAAGAACUUCCUUUCCCGCAUAGUCUCCGUUGUGCUAAGUCAGUAAAUUGCCACGGGAAUUACGGGAAACCCUUCCAGGCCUUUUCGAUCGGUGCAGGGACCCGGGCAGGAGACACAGAACCUCAGCCCUGGGCUGGAGCUGCCCGAGGAGACCCGCGGAUACAGCAGCAGGAGCGGGGCAGGGUGCGGGGUGGAAACCGGGUUUCCCGGAGCUGAGGAGGCUCGGAGCAAGAGGGCUCCCGGUAACGGGAGGGGCCCGGAGCCGGCGGAGCCCUGAGCAAGGGGGGGUUGGAAGCCGGGGGGGGUUGGAAGCCAGAGCGGUUGGAAGCCGGAGGGCUGGAAGCCGGGGGUCCCAGCGGUUCCAGGGGGUCCCGGCGGUUCCGGGGGGGUCCCGGCGGUUCCGGGGGGUCCCAGCGGGCCGGGCCGUGUCUCCCGGCCAAGCCCCCCUCAGGGGCGGAGAGCGCGGCCGUCGCAAAGUGCUGCAAAGCGCCGCCAAUCGCGGCGGAGCUGCCGCAGGGCGCGGCGGCGAUGGCGGCUUAGGGCCGGUGCGGCGCGGCGGGGCCGGGACCGGGAAGGGCCGGGCCGGGGCUCCCCCGCCGCCGCCCAUGUGGCUGCAGCAGCGGCUGAAGGGGCUGCCGGGGCUGCUGUCCAGCAGCUGGGCGCGGCGCCUGCUGCUGCUGCUGGUGCUGUUGCUCGUCGCCUACUGGUACCUGGGCGCGGCGCGGGUGCGCGGCCUGGGGCGCGGGGCCGAGCCGCGGGGCCCCGCCGCCCUCUGCGUUCAGGCGGCCGCGGGCGCCUGGCGGGCGCAGACCCAGCGCGGCGAUGCGCUGCCGCUGCCUGAGGAGGCGGCCGGGGCCGCGGGGCUGGCAGUGGCGGGCAACGGGUUCCUGCUGCUGGACGUGUCGGCCGGGCGGCUGUGGGUGCGGCCCGCGGGGCCCGGCGCGGGCCCGGCGCUCGCCACCGAGUACCCGGCGCUGCUGCGGCUGAGGGCGCUGGGCGGGCGCGGCGAGGCGCGGGCGGCGCUGGCGGCGCUGCGGGACGGGGCCGUGCGGAGGGUGCGCUGCGUGCAGACCGGGCCCGGCGCCGGGGACUGCGUGACGGUGCGGGAGGAGGUGGUGGCUCACCGCAGCCGGCCGCACCUCUACCUGCAGCGCAUCCGCAUCGCCAACCCCACCGAGCGCCUGGCCGCCUUCGAGGCCUCGGCCCCCGCCGCCUCUGCGCUGGGCGGGCGCUUCGCCAGCAGCCUGGAGAAGGUGGAGGAGCGGCAGUUCUUGCUCUCCUCCGGCCGCCUGCCGCUGGCCGGCAGCCCCAAGAUUGUGCUGGUGGUGGUGGCUGCCAAGAAACUCGUGAGCCGGGUGCAGGUCGCGCCCAAGUCGCACUUCGAUGAGACUGUGCUCUCCGUGGUGUACACCUCGGAGCCCAUCGAGGUCUCCAGGCUGGAGGAGACCUUCAGCAAGCUGAGGGAGGCAGCGAAGAAAGAGAUGCUGGAGGUGAUGCAGAUGGGGGUGGAAGAUCUUUUCCAGGAGCACCAGCAGACCUGGUCUGACUUGUUCAUUUCAGGGAUUGAAAUGAGAAAGAUCACAGAUGCACAUACCCCAUCCAGUGAGACUGUCAACAUGACCCUCUACUAUGUGCUGUCAACUAUGCCAGCCCCCCUGCUGGACCCCCUCAUUGGUGGUGAGGACAGGGAGAAGAUUGAAGCCAGCCUGAACUAUGCUGACCACUGCUUCAGUGGCCACGCCACCAUGCACGCCCAGAACCUGUGGCCACCAAAGCUGACCAGUGUCAGCCAGAUCCUGCAGCUCUCAGACCUGUGGAAGCUGACUCUCCAGAAACGGGGGUGCAAGGGUCUAGUGACAGCUGGGGUCCAUGGACUCAUGCAGGGAAUGGUGCUUAGUUUUGGGGGUCUGCAGUUCACAGAAAACCAUCUUCAGUUUCAGGCUGAUCCUGACGUGCUUCAUAACAGCUAUUCCUUACGUGGGAUCCAUUACAAUAAGGACUUGAUCAAUUUAGCUGUUCUCCUGGAUGCUGAAGGAAAGCCCUUCCUGCAUGUGUCUGUGAAGUUCCAGGACAAGCCUGUCAGGCUGUAUGCCUGUGAGGCAGGCUGUAUGAACGAGCCCGUGGAGCUGACCUCAGAGGCACGAGGUCACACCUUCCCUGUCAUGGUGACUCAACCCAUCACACCACUGCUGUAUAUAUCAACAGAUUUGGUCCACUUGCAGGACCUGAGACACACACUCCACCUAAAAGCUAUUCUAGCUCAUGAGGAACACAUGGCCAAGCAAUACCCAGGCUUACCCUUCCUGUUCUGGUUCAGUGUGGCCUCCUUAAUUACUUUGUUUCACUUGUUUCUGUUCAAACUCAUCUACAACGAAUAUUGUGGGCCAGGAGCCAAGCCUCUCUUCAGGAGUAAGGUAUAAGGCUGCUGCUUUUGGCUGCUAUCCAUUGAGUGUUGUCAGCCUGUGUCAGCUGUGCAUGGGCAGGCUCUGUCUUGGACUGUGAUGAUUUUCAGUCUCUCUUGAAAGAAGUGAUCUGUAACCUCUUGUCGCAAGGAGGAGGAUUAGGGCAGGGAUUGGAGCAGUAGGGCUCACAAUUGUUAGAAAAGAUAAACUCAUAGUCUGUCCUUAGACAUUUGUGAGGCUGCAGGUGAAGGCAGAUACAGCUUUCUGUCCUUUUCCCACACAUCAGUGUAGGACAUUGCUUGUUUCUAGGCCAGCAGUUGCCGUUGUAAUGAGAUUCUGCUUCUUGUUAUUCAGUACCAGAAAGCAUGUGAGAGAGCUGCUGUGCUUGUCUGUACUGCUGUGUGGAGACUGCACACCUGCCUGCCUGCUCUGAACGUGUGACAUGUCACACAGGAGCACCCACAGGCAGGCUGCUGUUCUGAGCUGAAGGUGCUGACCUGCUGGGGCGUGUGGUACAUGUUCCUGUUAUAGACACUGUGCAGUCCUCCAUCUAACCACACUUACCACCAUCAUUUUGGGAAGAUGCUGAAUUGGUGUUUCUCCCAGUCAGACAAAAUACAAAGCUGUGUUAGGAAAGUACAGAGUGCUUUUUACUGUGAGUUGAAGAUUCUGGCUCCAAGAUCUUAUGCAUCUUACCUGUGUGUAAAGAAUUUCAAGUUGGUUUGAGUUGCCUUGGAAAACUUAUUUGCUGUAAAAUCUUAGCACAGAAUAGACAGUAGAUGGUGAGUUCUGCUCUUAGUACUGGGACUUUCUGUGUAUUGAUAUGAAGUGGGUAUGCAAGACCAGACUGGAUUUGCUGUGUGAGCUAGUUGUGCUGUUCAGAGUUCCCUCCUGAGGUCUGAACAGAAUUAAAUGUAGGUUUUGUUUAAAAAAAAAGAUGAUAGUUAAACAGAGCUGUCAGAGGAAAAGUUCUAGCUAUAGAUUGUACUUCUAUUCUAAAUUAUAAAAUCAAAUUCAAUUUUGGAUAGCUAAGGCUGAACAGAAGAUAUUGAACUAAACUUGACAGCUGGUAUGUAAGGGAUUUUUAAAGUGAGUUAGAAAUUGUCCUGUCAGUUCACUGGUUUUGUCAUUUUGAGCCCUGGAGAUGAAGCCUGAUCCCAAGCAGGUCUGAAUACCUGUGAUCCAAUAAAAGAUUGAGUGGGAGGUGCUUAUAGCCAGACAAACUAACCUAGGAAGAGGUAGGAUAGGAAUGUAUAUCAGACAACUGCAGUUAGAACCCUCUGAUCAUGAUGAGAGCCUCAGUGCAAAGGAAGGAGGGGCUCAGGAGGUGAUGUCAGUUAUUGUGUAACAGCUGUGCCCUGACAUGUGCCUGGAAUGUGUCCUUGGAAUUAUGUCAUUUUGUCCUUUCACUGUUGUCUAUCCAGUUGCCUUUGUCAUCUCCAAGACUUGCCUUCUGCCUUUUCCCAAGUGACUUGUUGACCAUUGCUGCAGGUGACUGUCCCCGACUCUGCCCGCUGAAGUGCCCAGAGGCCCAGGGCUGCCCUGCCACCUCCUCCUCCUGGGCACUGCAGAGCAGCAGCUCUGCUGCCUUGUCUUAGUUGGACCUACUUCAAAUGAAGGUGAUGCAGAACUUGAUUCCAGAAACAGGGAAGAAGUGGAAGCCAGCUGAAGCUCAGAAUCUGUAGCAGUAAGCAAGAUAGAUGGUCUUGAAAUAACACCCUGUUCCAUUAACUGAAUGGGAACAUCCCCACAUCCAAGUGAACUUAGUCCUGCUUUCAGCCUCCACUUGCACAGACACCUGACAAUUUUGCAGCUGAGAACAAGGACCAUUUGAAAGCAACAAUCCUUUUGUGCCUUGCUAUUACAGGAAUCUGAGACUUGGAAGGUGUGGUGAUUCAAUAGUUAAUCCCAGAAGCUUGUAACAGAUGUUUCCUUUCCCUGUAAGGUAUUCACUUCCCUAGAAGUAAUCCAUUUGGUGAAAAUACUUGAAGAUAUACUAAGUCCUUUGAUAUUUUGAUCUGCUUUUUUUUUUUUUUUUAAUUCUACAGAAAAAUAAAGGAUGAUGAUUCUCUUCUGAGAGUUAACUAGAAUAGUGUAACUUCCUUUCUGGUAUACAGGUUUUAAUUUAUUGCUUGGGGGGAGGGGAAGUAUGCUAAUUUUUCCUCCACUUCAGUAACAGUCAAUUGAACUAGAUAUCUAAGUUCUGUAACAGGCUCUUCAGCCUUUAUGACUGCAAAAUCAAUUUAAUGAAAUUGUUUUCUGGAUGUACACUUGGAAAUGCUGAUCUAGGUUUCCUAUUCUAAGCCUAUUGAGACUAUGUGCAUUGAUUUGUUUUGGCUAUGGGGGAAGACAUCCCACUUUCUAGUGACUUACAGGUUGUUUGGUUUUAAAAUACCAAAGCUGUUGUUUCUAAAUAAAUAUCUUUCAGUCUAAUCUGA